AAGGUUGCUGUUCUUGGCGCUGCUGGUGGUAUUGGCCAGCCUCUUUCCCUGCUUCUCAAGCUCAAUCCUCUUAUUGAAAAGCUUUCUCUCUAUGACAUUGUCAACACCCCUGGUGUUGCUGCUGAUCUGUCCCACAUCAACUCGCGCGCAACGGUCACUGGUUACAAGGGUGCUGAAUCUCUUGGCGAAGCCAUCACUGCCUGUGAUAUUAUUGUCAUCCCCGCUGGUGUGCCCCGUAAGCCCGGAAUGACCCGUGAUGACCUCUUCAACACCAAUGCCAAUAUCGUCAAAACCCUCGCUGAGGGUGUUGCCAAAUUUGCUCCCAAAGCUCAACUCCUCAUUAUUUCCAACCCAGUCAACUCGACCGUUCCUAUUGUUGCUGAAGUGCUCAAAAAGCACGGUGUUUUCGACCCUACUCGCCUCUUUGGUGUCACUUCUCUUGAUGUUGUUCGUGCAUCUACGUUUGUGUCUUCCCUCAAAGGAAUGAAGCCAGAGGAUGUUAAUGUUCAUGUCGUUGGCGGACAUUCUGGUGUUACUAUUCUUCCACUUCUUUCUCAGACUGGCAUCAAGCUUUCUCAAGAGGAGGUUGAAAAACUUACUCAUCGCAUCCAAUACGGUGGUGAUGAGGUUGUCAAAGCCAAGGAUGGUGCAGGUUCUGCUACACUAUCUAUGGCUCAGGCUGGUGCUCGUUUCACCAACUCCCUUCUCAAGGCACUCAGUGGCCAAAAGGGCAUUGUUGAGCCCACUUUUGUCUUUAGCCCUGUUGCUAAAAAAGAUGGUGUCGACUUUUUUGCCACCAAUGUCGAACUUGGGCCUCAAGGUGUUGCCAAAAUCCACCCUCUUGGUUCCAUGUCUGCCUAUGAGCAGAAGCUGUUUGCCGAGGCCGUUCCCGAGCUUAAGAAGAAUAUUGCCAAGGGUGUUGAGUUUGUCAGUAAAAACUAA